AUGGCAUUCCUCAGCGAGAUCAACACGUCGGUGGCAGAACCCUCCGAACUGUCUCUCUUUAGCGAUUCUCCGAACCAGGUGGCUGUACAAAAAAUCUAUUUCUCCGAAAUACGACCCGUUUCUUCCUUUGACGGCGAAACCGCUCCUCUCGAAUUCGCCGUUCCGGGAGGGGGAAACGAAUACAUCGAUUUGAGAAGGAGUCGUCUGUAUUCGAAAGCCAAAAUCACCAAAGCGGACGGUACGGCCCUCGGGUCCUCUGAAAAAACGGGUAUCGUCAACUUACCACUACAGUCCCUCUUCUCUCAGAUCGACGUCUACAUGAAUGGGAAAUGCGUCUCUCAGAACGCCAAUAAUUAUCCUUGGAAAGCUUACCUCAAAGUCCUCUUAUCUAACGGACCCGCUGCCAUCAACUCUCAGUUACAGACCCAGUUGUACUACCCAGACAAGGAAGCCCUGGACGAUCCAGAUGCCGCCGGGGGACGAAACCAGGGUCUUCGAUCGCGCUACGUCUUUACGCAGCUGUCUAAAACAUUCGAUCUGGAGGGACCCCUGUACGUCGACUGUUUCUACCUCGACAAGUACCUGAUCAACGGCGUCGACCUACAACUGAGACUAUUUCGUUCCAGAAACGAAUUUGUAUUGAUGAGUAAGGAAGCCUCUCCGAAUUACAAAGUGACCAUCCUCGAUGCGGUCUUUAAGGCAUGUAAAAUCCGAUUAGACAGCGCCGUCUUGUUGAACCACGCCAAUGCCAUCACCAAAUCGCCGGCCCGGUACAACUACCUGAAAACGGACGUCAAGAUGUUGUCCAUCUCGGACAAGACCAGUGAAGUUUACUGGGACGACGUGUGGAACGGAAGAAGACCUUCCAAGAUGUACGUCGCCUUUGUAAAACAAUCGUCCGUCAAUGGAAGUUACGAGGGCAACCCGUUCAACUUUCAGCACCUAAGCCUGUCCGAAAUCGUCGUGACCGUCAACGGAGAACCCACCCCCGUUCGUCCCCUCAAAAUGGACUUUGAUACCAAUCGAAAUUACGUCUCCGCUCUCUGUAACCUGUAUCAAGCGUCCGACAAAUGGUACAAGGAUGACGGUCUUUACAUCGACCGUGACCAAUUUUCCAAAGGCUACGCCAUUUACGCUUUUGACCUCGACCCCAACGACUUGGGUGAGGGGUAUAUAAACCUGGUUCAUCAGGGAAACGUCGGAGUAUAUGCUCGAUUCGCUACAGCCACGACAGAAACCGUCAGUGCUAUUGCUUUUUGUGAAUACCCGGGACUUCUCCUCGUCGAUCAAGCCAGAGAGAUACGACUACUGUAG